GUUUUCCAUUCCGAUAAUACAAACACGCAGUUGAUCGGGUGGUUUGCAAGUUUGGCCUGAAGCCCUGCUGUUCAAGUCGAAAGCGUAUUGUUCCGACAGCCCUCGUCUUAGCUUAUUUAAACGCAUAAAUCGAUUAGCAGCACCGGCUGAGAGUAUGAGUUAACUGGGAUAAUUUUGGCUCUUGGACAUUUGGCGCGCAAGUUAAUGUUCUGAGCUUCGUCACGGCCUUCGUUUCCAGCAACGAUGGCAGUUAUGGAACGCCGUGUAGCAGACCUGGAGCAAGCCCUCCAGGCUGCGAACGCGCAGAUGGAGGCAAACGAGAUGUCCUACUCGCUUGCAAUCCAGCGCUAUCAACGUGAUGAGGAGAGAUGGGCGACAGAAAGGGCUGAACUACAGGAGCGCGUCAGCAAGCUGGAAACGGAAUCGCAGCAGCGGUCCAAGGUCCAGGAAGACUUGGCGCACGUAAGCCAGGAGCUCCGGGCUAAGCAGCGCGCAGUGGACGAGCUCCAGGGGGCCCUUAGCGCGGCAACAGAUCAGCGCAGCAACGCCCUGCAGUCGCUGGAGAGCCUCAAGACCGUCCUGAACGCAAAGGACGAGGAGGUGGCAGCUCUGGCCCGCCAGAAGGGGGAGCUCACGGACCUUGUUCGGACGCUCCAAACGUCCCUCAGCAGCAGCGACAGUCGGCUGCAGCUGCAGCUGCUACAAACCCAGUAUGACCAGGAGCGCAAGUACUGGGAGGGCAAGCUGAAGCUGUAUGAGGAGGAGUUGGAUGCUAAGAACAAUGCGCUGCUGGAGGACAAGAGGCGGUCUUCUAAUGACAUCCUGGCUCUGCGGCAGCGGGUCUCGGAGCUCGAGUACGGCAGCCAGGUGGCGGAUGGCGCCCGCAAGCAGCUGGAGACGCAGCUGCGGGAGAUGGAGGGAUUCCUGCGGGAUGCGCGCAAGCAAGCUCACGACCAGGAGCAGGCCAAGAUUGACAGCGAGGAGCACUGGCGCCGCCAGGCCUCCGAGUACCAGCACCUGGCCUCGCAGCACCAGGCAGCCCGGGAGGCGGCGGAGGCGGAGGCCGCGGCUCUGCGCGCGCAGCUGCUGGAGGUGCAGGGGCAGAUGCAGGGUCUGCAAGUCCUGUCCGAGGAGGCUGCCACAAAGCUGGAGGAGCUGCAGUCGGCUUCGGAGCAGGCGGCGCAGCGACACAGGGCCCAGCUGCAGCACCUAAAUAACGUCAUGGCAGCAGCGCUUACGUCCGGAGACGUCACCAUGCUCACGAACGCGCUGCCGCCGGGCUCUCCGGAGGUGGCCGCAGCUGCGGCGGCGGCGAUGGCAAAUGCAGCCGCGGUAGGCGGCAGCGGCGGGGCCGGCGGGAUGCAGGCCGAUCCCAUGACGCCUGCUGCUGCUCUCCACUCAGCAGGGACGCCUUCGGGGGUGGUGGCGGCUGCCGGGCUGAUGACGCCGGCGGCGGUGGUGAUUGGCGGGGAGGUGCUGCAGGGGAAGAGCAUCAUGGAGGUUUGGAGCAUGUAUCAAGACAUGCAAGACGCCUUCCACCGGGAGCGUUCCGAGGUGCGGCGGCUGAACAGCUACAUGGAGAGCAUCGCUGCGGACCUGGAGGCCAAGAUGGCGCUGCAGCAGCACCAGCAGCAGGAGGCGGACAAGAUGCGGGAGGCGCUGGACAGGGCCAUGGCCACCGUUGCGGGCAUGGAGGAGUCCAACCGGCGGCUGCAGGCCUCCCUGGCGGCAGCGCAGGCCUCCCUGGAGCGCAAGGAGUCGGAGGGACAGGCGCAGGAGCAGACCAUCCGUGACCUCAGCCAGCAGGUGAAGGCGCUGGUGGAGGAGGUUCAGCGGCUGAGCGGCAACCCCAUUGCGCGCAGCAGCAGCGGAGGCGCCGCCGGUGGUGCUGGCGGCGGCAGCAGCGGCGCCGACAUGGUGUUGGCGGGGGCCGCAGGUGGGGGUCUGAGUGCGGACCAGCUGCUGCUGCUGAACGCACGUGACGUCAUCAGCAGCCGCCUCGUCACCUUCCGCUCGCUGGAUGAGCUGGUGGAGCAGAACAGGCGGCUGCUAGCGCUGGUGCGGCAGCUGGGCCGGGACAGCGAGCGCAGUCGCGCGGAGGUCGCGGAGGACGUGGCGCAGCAGUUUGCGAGCAGGGAGCAGGGAUACAAGGGCGAGAUCGCGGAGCUCAACCGCAUCAUCGUCGAGCUGAGCGAGGCCGCCAACCACUCAACCGCCCGGAUUAACGACCUCAAGGCACGUGUCACAGAGCUGGAGGCAGCCACGGCCGCGGCAGCGAACUCUGCUGCGGCUGCAGCGUCGCCGGGAGGCACGCCGGCGCCGCCGGCAGCGCCCGCAGGGGAUGCAUCGGCGGGUGACAACGGCGGCGCGGCUGCGGAGGCAAUGGCGGCGGCGCUAGCUCAGGCCCGGGAGGAGCUGUCUCAGACGCGGCAGGAGGCGAAGGCCAUGGCGGAUGCGAUGCAGGCGCAGGUUCAUGAGCUACGUGACAAGCUGGCCUCCGCCACCGCCGAAUCCUCCCGUCAGUCGGGCCGUGCGGAGGACUGGCGGCAGCGCUGCACGCAUCUGGAGGCGCUGCGGGAGAGCGAGAUGGCGGUGCGUGCGGCGCUGGCGGCGGAGAAGGCGCAGCUGGGGGGGCUGCUCACGGCGGCGCAGCACCGGGCGGAGGCGGCGCAGCGGGGACUGGAGGAGCUGCAGGCGCAGCUGCGCACCCGCUCGGAGCAGCAGGUGGUGCUGGAGGCGCGCCUGGCCGCCGCCACCGCCGCCCUGGAGGAGGCGCGAUCCACUCUGGGGCUGGCGGAGGGAGAGCGGAACCGCGCGGUGGCGGAGGCGCGCGUUGCGGAGCAGCUCAAGAGCUCCAGCGAGGCCUCUGCCGCCCAACGUGAGCGCGAAAUGGAGCGCCGUUGCAGCGGCCUGGAGUCCGAGCUGACUCGCCUGCGUGAGGACCACGAGCGGCAGCAGAACCUCUUCCACCACUCCUUGGAGGCUGCAACCGCGCAGCUCCGGGAGGUGCGGGAGGAGGCAGCAGACAUGCGCCGCGCGAGGGAUGAGGCGGAGCGCACCCUCGGGGAGGCCCGGAACCAGGUUUCGGAGCUGAACGGCCGCGUGGCGGAGCUGCAGACCCAGGUUUCGGAGCUGGGUGGGCAGCUGGCGGCGGCACGUGGGGGUGCUGCUGCGGCGGUGGAUAUGGUGGAGGGGCAGCGGCUGCGGGACGUGGAGGCGCAACUGCGAGAGACACAGGCGGACCUGGAGAGCGCCCGCGAGCAGCUCUCCGCCCGCACCGCCGCCCUGGACUCGCUGCGGUCGGCACUUGCAGCGCUAGAGACCACCCACGAGCAGCUCCGGGAGAGCGCGGCGGCGCAGCAGGCGGCUGCGGUGGCAGCAGCGGAGGCGGCGGAGGCAGCCCGGGCGGAGCUGCAGGCCUCCCUAGCCGCCGCAGAGGCCUCAGCUGCGGAGACCGCUGCCGCGCUGGCUGCUUUGCGAGCACAGCAUGAGGAGGCGGCGGCUGCGGCUGCGGCGGAGGCAGCUCGGUUGGGUGCUGAGGUGGAGCGAUUGGGCCGGGAGCUGGCGGACCGGGUCAGCCAGAGGAGCCGCGCGGACGAGGACAUUGCCCGCCUACAGGCUGCCGUACGGGAGUACCGCAGCCGCUACGAGGAGGCGGUUGCCUCGCACGCGCGCGACGUGACGGCGCUGCAGGCGGCUGAGACCAAGCUGGAGGAGACGCAGGCGACCGUGAACCGCCUGGAGUCGGACCUCUCCGCCGCCCUCAGCGGCGUGGACGAGCGGCUUGCGGCUGCCGAACGGGAGCGCGAGUCGCUGUCCGCCGACCUUGCUGCCGCGGAGGCUCGUGCGGCGGAGCGGGCGGCUGCCUCGGAGCAGCUGCUUGCUUCGGUGCGGGGCGUGCUGGCGGGCAGCCACCACGAGAUGAUGGGCAUGUCGGCGGAGCAGUACAAGUCCCUGAUGGACUACCUGGGCCGCGACAAGGCGCUGGCCACCGCGCAGCUCGACCUGCUGGUGUCAGAGCGCAACAAGCUGCGGGAGGAGCGCGACAACGCCGUCAAGCAGGCUGCCGUACUGCGCGCGCAGAUGGGCGCGCUGCAGGACUCGCUGGUGACCAGUCGCGCCGACCUGCAGGCGCGCAUCCACACGUUGGAGGCGGAGGAGCACACGAGGCGGCUGGCGCAGGGACAGCUGAGGGGAGAGCUGGAGGCGGCAAGAGCGGAGUCGGAGCGGCUGCGGUCACUGCUGGUCUCCGCGGAGCAGCGUGCCGCCGCGGGCGAGGCGGGUCAGCGCGAGGCGGCAGCGGGGCUGGCGGGGCUGCAGGCGCAGCUGGAUGCACACAGGCGCGGGGAGGCGCUGUGGCGGGAUAAGUACGAUGCGCUGAUGAGCAGGUACGGCAAGGUGACUCUGGAGGAGCAUGCCUCGGUGAAGGCCGAAUUGGCGGCAGCGGAGGAGCAGUUGAAGGCGGCGCAGGCGGCGCGGGAGGCGGCGGAGGGGCAGCUAACGGAGGCACGGACGGCGCGGGAGGCAGCGGAUGCCGAGGCCGAGAAGGCGCGCAAGGAGCACGCCGAGUUGCGCACUCGCCACAACGCGCUCAUCCGGCGGCACCGGGAGGCCAUGGCAGGCGCGGAGGCGGCGGCGAAGGACCUGGCGGCGGCGCGGGAGGAGGCGGCGGCGGCCAACGACAAGGCGGCGGCGGCGGAGGCGGCCGCCGCCAAGGCUCGGGAAGACGCAGCGGCGUCACAGGUGGAGGUCAACAACAAGCUGAAGACGCACCUGCAAAAGCUCCAGGAGCGGCACCGGGCUCUUCUGGCGGAGAAGUCCCGACUGGACGGAGAGCUCCAGGCCGCCCGUACGGCCCUGGAGGGCGCCAAUAAGGCCCUGGAGGAGGAGCGCAGCCGCCGAGCAGCGGACACGACCUCCGGCAAGGCAGCGGCGGCUAGAAUUGCCGAGCUGGAGAAGCAGCUGAAGACUGUGCGCGAUGAAUUGGCCGCUUCCGAAACCAAGGUCCGGGAGCAGGCGGAGCGUCUUGAGCGUGCACGAGCCCGUUCCAAGGCUGCUCAGAACCAACAACAGCAACAACAGCAGGCUACUAACCUCGCUCAGGCCAAUCUGCCGCCGCACAUCCGCACUCCCAUUCUCGCGGCCCCAGCCACCGCUGCGACUACAGUACCUGCUCCCGCCGCCGCUACGACUACAGUUCCCGCUCCAACCGCCGCUGCGGCAGCUCCCGCGAAACCGGCAGCCGAGCCUGCUCCUGCUGCCACCGUGGUGCCAGCCACCGCUGCAACGGUUGCAAGUCAACCUGCAGCGGCGGCGGCGCCUGCUGUGCCAACUCGGCCACCCCGGAGGGCGCCCAUUUCCUUUCCAAACCCUUCACAGCAACCGCAGCCGCAGCAGUCGAUUGCCCAACAGGCGCUGUCCGGCGUUACCUCUCCAGAUGCGGCCGGCGGCGAGGCCCCGCCCGCCGCCGGAGCGGAACAAGGUGUCAACUCAGCAGCCGCGGCAGUAGCAGCGGGCGUCACGGGCCCCCUGCCACCAGCGGCAGCAACGCAGCAACCCUCGACAACUCCUGCUGUCCCGGCUGCUGCGCCGGCAACGACGGUUGCAGCCGACGUGGACAUAACCAUGGGUGAUGCGGCGGCGGAAGCGGAGGCGCAUCCGCCACCCCAUCCGGCAGCGCUUGCAGACACGGCGCCGGCGGCAGCAGCAGCGGAUGCCGCCAUCGUAGCCCAGGAGGAUACGACACCUGCGGCUGCUCCGGCACCGGAAGCAGACACUGAGAUGGCCAACGCGGCGGAGGCGGCUACUGGGGUCGCGGCGUUGGCAAGGUCACCGGCCGCGGCAGCGGCGGCGGCUGACGAGGCACAUGAGGAAGGGGAGCUUGUGGAGCAUGCUGAGGAGGGUGCGGAGGAGGAGAUGGAGGGACAUGAAGAUGAGGAGGAGCAGGCGGCCGGGGCGGGGGCGGAGACGGCGGAAGAAGGGGAGGAGGGCGGCGAGGAGGGUGUGGUUGGUCAGGAGGCCCCGGAGCAGGGUGAACUUGUAGAGCAACAGGAAGAUGAGACGGCGGCGGCCACCGCAGCCGGUGAGGGCGCGUCUGAUGGGGAGGAGGAGGAGGAGGCUGCGGAGGAGGAGGAAGAGGAGCAGGGCGACCGCAACGCUGAAGGAGCUGCUGCUGCGGCGGGCGAUGAGGGCGAGGCUGAGGCUGCGGAGGAAGGAGGCGGCAAAGAGACGGCAGGAGCAGCGGACAAGGCUGCUGCAGCAGGUGGUGAGCAACAACAGCAAGGCGAAGAGGAGGAGGAGCACGAAGAAGGCGAUAUGGGCAGCGGUGAUGGCGAGGGGGAGGGUGCUGCGGACGAGGAGGGUCGCGGAGAGGGCGAGGGCGGCGAGGGUGCGGAGGGCGAGGCUGCCGGUGUGGACGGCGGAGAGUCGCGGGGUGGCGAGGGUGACGCGGAACAACCCCAAAAGCAGCCAGAGCAGGAGGGGCAGCAAGGGGAAAAGACGGAGGGAGAGGGCGAGGCGGCAGCCGCAGCUGCGCUGGCUGCUGCCACGAUGGCUUUGGAAGCUGCAACUGCCGCUAGGGACGCUGCGGCGGCGGCAGCGGACGCAGCGGCGGCAGCAGAGGGCGCUGCUGCGGAUGCGGCAGCAAUGGAGGAGGAGGAGCAGCCGCCUGCUGAGGCGCAGCGGGAGCAGAUGCAGGAGGAGGAGGGCGAGGGCGAGGGCAACGAAGAUUACGAGGGUGAGGGUGGCGAUGAUGGCGGCAGCGACGGCGGGAGCGGUGGAGGCUCGGAGAUGGAUGAUGAAGAGGACCCCGACCUUGCCGCGCUCAGGAUGCAGGCGCUCGCCGCCACCACCAAUACCCGCAAGCGCCAGAUGACUCCACCAGUGGACGACACCGCACCCCAUGCAACGGCUGACGGCGAAGCCGCAGGUGGUACGGCAGGAGCUGGCACGUCAGCAGACGCAGCAGCAGGCGCCAGCCAGGAAGAUGCCGAUGCAGCGCCUGCGGCCAAGCGAGCGCGUGCCUUCUCCCACACAUCGCUUGUGUCUCUUGGGGCCGCCGCAGCGCCCGCGCAGCAACAAACAACCGAAGGUGGUGCCGGCACACUGGAUGACCUGGAGCUAGACGAGCUGGUGCCGGAAGUUGCAGCUGAUUUUGACGCCAUGGGAGGUGCUGCUGCUGCUACACCCGUUGCUGCCGCCCAAGAGGCGCCGCCGCCGGCAACGACUGCUCAGGCCUCACCGGGAGAAGCGGCAGCCGAAGGCAUCACUGCCUCGCCCGCAUCCCUUCGUGCCCGAACACCGCCUCUGACCGUUACCACCGCUACGAGGAUGGCUGCCGAUGAGGCCGCUCCUCGGUCGCCUCGAGCGGCAAUGGGACCCGUGCGCGGCGGGCGAGCCGGCGGUGCUCGUACGGCAGGUGGACGAGCAACGGCGGGGCGUGGGCGCGGCGGUGCUCGUAGACCUUCGCUAACGGGAGCGGCGGGCACGCUGUCUGCGCCUGCAUCACCGAAAGAGGAUGCGGCUGAGGGCGCCGCUGGGACGGCGGGCACGAGUACGGCUGCUGCUCCCGCUGCUGCUGCCGCCGCUGCUGCCUCAAGCACAAGUGCUGGACAAGAACAGCAGCAACAGCCACCGCAGCAGCUACAGCCACAGCAGAAGCGCCAACGUUCCGAGAUUAGCUUCAAUCUGGCGCCCAAGGCCGCGCCAAGUGCUGCAGAUGCGGGAGUUGCCGCCAGCGGCAGCGGUGGUGCCGCUGGGGUUGGGGUGGCCGGUGUAAGCCCUUCAACGUCACCGGGCAUGCCGGUCAUGGCCGCCACGACGGGCGGGGGUGGCGGUCGCGGCGGCAUGGGCGGUCGACAGGCAGCCAAUGUAGUCCGGAGGGCACUGAUGGGACGUGGAGGCGGUGCUGCUGCUGCUGCGACGGGUCUUCCUGCUAGUGCCGGUUCCUCACCCUCUGGUGGGCUGGCUGGUAUGAGCACGGUUGUGGGCUCCACAGCAGCAUCAGCGGGGCCCGGAGCGACAGCCAGUCCGGUACAGCAGCUCAUGCUGCAACAGCAGAUUGCGAUGUUGCAGCAGCAGGCUGCCGCGGCGCAGCAGCUGAAUGCAGUGGCCGCGGCGGCAGCUGGCGGAAUGGGGCUACAGUCGGGGCCUCAGGGCCCAGCUGUUGGUGCCCGGGGAGGAAUGAUGGGUGGAAGAGGUGGGAGGCGUGGGGGCGGAAGGGCCCGUGGUCGGGGCGCCGCGCCUUGAUUGCUGCGCUCAAUUGGAGAGGAGAGGGCUUAGGGUGUACAGUGCAGUGUGUGAGGGUAUUCGGGUUGGCAAUAAGGCCGUCAGCUUUAAUGAGCUGGCUGUUCCGUGGUAACGUUGCCUGCUUGCCUCCUUGGCAAGUGGCGGUAGGGUAGGUGUUGUUACUGCAAUGUGUGCGACUGCAAGCAAUUGGGGGUUCCCGUCUAGCCUCGUCGUUCAAUAACUAGCAGGGCAGAGCCUUGUAUUCGGCUUCGGUAGUUGGCCCCGUUGGUUUCUUCUUGUACGUGCAUGCCGUCAUGACAGCCAAUGCGAAAUCCUCCUGACUAUGUUGGAUAAAAGUUGAUAGUGUUCCUUCAACGCACCCGUUGUUACGUCCCUGGGUGGUGCAUUUGUUAGUUUGCCGAUGAGAGCCGUGCCUAUACUACGUCAGCGUUUUAGGAGUAGCACAGCUAUACAGGUUAAGAAGUCGCAAUCAGCUGUCAUAAGGAUCCUGCACCUGGGUAGUUACUGGCCCAAGGACCCCACCACUUGAGGCGAAGAAUACGAAAGGGACUUGCAAUUGAUUUCCAGUAUAGAACGGCAAUAACAACUAACCGCUCCCAACGGAGAGUAUGUGUGACCCACGGGUCAAAGGACAUUGAACAGGAAGCGAGACGAAUGUUACCAUAGAGAAGCUGCUAACAAUUGCAGCAACGUAAAAUACGCGUCAAGGCA